ACCUUCGCUGCGACCACAACAACAGCUCGGAGUUGUCCGGAGAGAAGUGCGACUUCUUCACUUCGGAGCGAAAUCCUUCUGUUCUCUUGUUGUUUUACCGCCUUUUAACGGCGCUUUUUCCCGCUCGGAGUUCGCCACAAAGUUUUCCAGGAUGGUGAAAGUGUCUUUUAACUCUGCUUUGGGACAGAAGGACGUGAAAAAGGACGCAGAGACUCUGAUUCCCGCGGAGGACAGAGAUGCGGAGGCGGCUCUGCUGGCCCGUCACCAGUCCCGGGCCUGGUGCUGGUGCAUGUGCCUGGGUCUGGCUCUCAUGCUGUCUGGAGUGGUGGUCGGAGGAGCCUACCUGUACCGCCACAACUUCCUGGAGGAGGGGCAGGUGUUCGUGUGCGGGGUGAACUACCGCGUGGAGGACUACAUGAUGCAGGAUGAUGACGAGAUGGAGAUGGACCUACCAAAGGAGUUCCCCCUGCGGCAGCUGGAGGAGAGAGUGCGGGUGCUGGAGAGGGAGCAGGUGGAGUUCAUCAACGUCCCCGUGCCCAAGUUCGGAGACGGAGACCCUGCAGACAUCGUCCACGACUUCCAGCAGAAAUUGACCGCCUACCUGGACCAGAAUCUGAACAAGUGCUACGUCAUCCCGCUCAACACCUCCAUUGUCAUGCCUCCCAGAGACCUCCUGGAGCUUCUCCUGAACAUCAAGGCUGGCACCUACCUGCCGCAGUCCUACCUGGUCCAGGAGGAGAUGAUGGUGACAGAGCGCCUGGAGCACGUGGACCAGCUCGGCUCCUUCAUCUACAACCUGUGCCGCGGCAAAGAUACCUUCAAGCUGCAGCGCAGAGACCGCAUCCUGGGUAUCCAGAAGCGUGAAGCUCUGAACUGCCACAAGAUCCGUCAUUUCGAGAACACGUUUGUGGUGGAAACCCUGAUCUGCGAGCCCUGAGGGGCGGCGGCGGUGGUUGGCGGCGGCGGUUGGCGGCUGCAGUGAGCUGUGUGUUUUUAAUGCUCACCUGUCUCUCCUUUCUGUCUUUACUUCAGGUAGUGAGCGAGUGCGAGGAGUGAAAUGUGAAGCUGUUUGCUGAAUAUUCUUUUUGAUUGUCAAAAGUAUUUUUCCACUUUUCUGUUCGGGGAUCUUCUUGGAAUCUUUUCAUAAAAUAACUAGUUUAAUAGUAAAUUAUUUUAAUCAGUAUAACUGCAAUUAUAGCACCAACAUUGGUUUUAAUAGAGAAGGGACUUUUAGUUUGCCUUUUUGUUUUCAAUCCAAACAAGAUUUCAGAAUAAAGGGCACUUUUAUACCACUCGCUCUGAUCCAGGGAGACUGUUUUUGUUUUUUGUAUUUUGUCUGCUGUAGCUAUUAAUACUCUGCACCUGUUCUUUCUUAACUGGAAAAGGAUCUUAAAGUCAGAGUGCGUUCAGCUUUAAACAUCCACUCACUCAGACCUUAAAAUCUUUUUCUCAAGGGUUGUCUGUCUUUUUUUGAAUGUGUAAUUUUUUGGAUAACUCUUGCUGUUGUACUAAUUUGUGUAUAUAAUCUCUUUAAAGAUAUGAACAGACCAACACAAUAAACAAAAUGGAAAAAACAAA